AUGCGGCCUCCGGCAGCCUCCUCCUCCCCCUCCUCCUCCUCCUCCUCCUCCUCCUCGCCCUCCACCGCCACCACCACCAUCGGGGUGAUGCCUGGCCUCCUUUGUGUCAAGGUCAUUCACUACCACAGCGGUUCCGGACGCACUGACUUGAAGUCACUCGACCGACUUCAACUUUCACGCAGGUGCGCCCAUGGAGUCGCAGCUGACCAGGAGCCACUUGAACACCCCACCCCACCCCCUCGGCAAAUACAACACACGUCGACAAGACAUCACUUAAGCCUGGUCCACAAACCUACAAAAACAGCAGCCGCUACUAUCUCACAAAGCUCACAGGCAUGA